AUAAAAAUUGAUGGAGAACGAAUUAUCUGCUCCGACACAAUAUAAAAAAGAGCUCUUUAUUUUCAAAGAGUUCCUUGAUGGAAUGAAAGAACUGUGCAAUAAGUACCAGGAGAUUUUGCCACAUGUGAAACCAAUCAGGAAGAGACCUAAGAAAUAUAAAAAAAGAAAUAAAGAUCCUUAAGCUCCUAAAAUGCCAUAAUCAGCAUUUAUUUUUUAUUUCAAAGCCAUGAGGUAAAAGUAUAAAGAUGAUUAUAACGGUAGAAUUAAUACUCAUUAAUAGAUACACCUUUCUAAGAAAUUACAUCCAUGAUUGCCAAAAGGUGGAAAGAAUUAAGCCCAGAUGAAUAAGAAGUAAAUAUCUUUAUAUGGUAGCCGUAUUAAAAACAAUCAGAAGAAGACAGAAGGAGAUACAAUGAAGAAUAAAAAUAAUACUCAGUUAUCUCUUAAUAAUAAUUCAGCAAAUAUCUGUAGAAGAAAUUCUUAGAGAAUUAACAAGAUAGCGACUAGGAAGACAUUAAACCAAAAUAGGAAGUAAGCGAUGAAGAUUCAUUUGGAGGAAACAUAAUCUAAAAUAAUUCUUGAAUUUUUAUUUCAUAGCUUAUUGAAAUGAGCA